UGGUCGUGGGACUGUCCCAAGUGAGAGUGCUCAAGGCUGACACCUCUUCAGUAUCUUUUUUUAUUAUUUAUAACUAAAUGCAUGGAAACAACCGGAUGUUUUAAUAGCGGAUUUUUUAUUUACAAUGUUUUUAUUUUGUAAGUAGUCGUGUUUAGAGGAAGUUUUAGAUUUCAUAACGAGGUUGAAUUUCGGAUGAAAGUCGCUUGAGUUCGGGGGUUCCAAGAUGAACUUCAAUCUGACGUUCAUCAAAAGUUCGGUGGUGGUGUUCCUGCUGUGCUCUUGGCUGGUGUGCUGUGGGGCAGAGCUGAAUGGCGUGAUGGCGACCCAGUGGUCCGGCGAUGACAGGAACCGGACGCUGCAACACAAAAACUGUGUGGAGAACCAGCAGUACCUCCACCAGGGCCUCUGCUGUCUCAACUGCCAGGCUGGUACAUUCAUGCUGAGGGCGUGCGACCGGGACAUGGAGCAAGGGACGUGCAUGCCCUGCGAACAUGGCUUGUCCUACACAGAACACUCCAACGGGAUGAACCGCUGCCUGCCCUGCACCCACUGUCGCAUGGACCAGAGCCAGACAGUGCCCUGUACCAGUACAGCAGACACCCAGUGCCAGUGUCAAGCGGGCACCUUCUGUGUGCCAGAGCAGGCCUGUGAGGUCUGCAAGAGAUGUGCCAAGUGUAAAGCGGGGGAGGAGGAGGUGAAGAAAUGCACCCCCAUCUCCAACACUGCGUGUAGGAAACGAGACAUCUCCACUACCCUCCACCCGAUUGUCAUCCCCACCCCCGCCCCCAUCUCUGCAGAGACCAUAGUUACGCCAUUGGUCAUUCUGCUCUUGCUCUUCCUCCUCUUCAUCGGGAUUGGUGUGUGGCUUUGGAUCAAGAGGCCAUGUACAUUUCGGCCAGUUUGUCUCUCAGGUUCAGACAGUCGCUGUGACUCCAGUGACAUUGUGAAGAUUGCCAUUGGUGAGAGUGGACCCACAGCAGAGGAGAGACAGAACAGCCAGAAUGCUGGCCUGGAGGGGGAGGGGGGGGAGGAGGUCCGUCCCGAGUCACGUCCCCUGCUGCAGGAGACCCAGGGCGGCCUGAUCAAGGCCUCCCAUCCCCUGGGAUUGGGGGAGGAUGAGGACCGGGGCCUGGGCGACAGCCUGCCCAACACCACCAGCUCCUCCCAGACCAGCCUGUCGGCCCUGCCCACCGCCGGGGCAGCCUCGUCGGGCAGCUCCCCCCGACACAGCCCCUCCGCCCAGAGACUGCAGCCCACAGCCAGGGAUGAUCCUCUGCAGAAGAGACUGGUGUCCCUGAUAGGGGAUGAGACGUCCCUGAAGAAGAGCUUUGACCUCUUCGAUGAGUGCCUGGACGUGCGGAUCCACAACAAGUUUUUCCGCUACAUCGGCGUCCAUGACAACCACAUCAAGAUGGCAGAGAGUGCCCCCCCUAGCGACAAGGUGUAUGACCUGCUGAAGAACUGGAUGCAGAAGGAGGGCCUGAAAGCGGACAUCAACUCCCUGCUCCAGGCCCUUCUCAGUCUGGACCAGAGGCGCUCCGCUGAGAGCAUUGCCUUCGCUGCCAUCCAGAAGGGCUACUACAAACAUGCAGACAUGCCCUGACACCCCCAGCCCACUGGGGGGCGCUGCCUCAGAGACGUGUGGAUUGAGAUUAAAUAAAAAAACAUUGAUGAAAGACAACGUCAACUCUUAUCGGCCUAAUUGGCCUGAUGUAUUCUGCCUAUAUGCCUGUGCCUCUAAAACAACACCAAUGGAGGAGUUGGAGAUAAACAAUGUUGUCUUUUGAAUAUCUGCCAAUAUGGUCUGGUGUAUUUGGCCUAAAGGCCCGUGCUUUCUAAAACAAAAUAUGGGUCUGGAGCUCAGCUUUGACCUCCAUGAUUUUACGCCCCACCCCUUCUCUCUGAGCGACUGACAUGGCUUAUAGGCCAAUACCGAACCCUGGGACAGGGACAUACACUGGUUUGUAGGAGUGGCAUUAGCUUGCGCGUUCCUAUGCCCAGGCGUUGCUGACGCCUGCCAGAUAUUACAAUGCCUGGAUAGGUAUUUUAAGUAUCAGCAAAUCACAACAUAUGUUAUACCAAUCUGUCAGUCGAUGACACAGUUGAUGGCGUGGCACGCAACCAUUGGUUGGUGCAUGUAACGUCUGAGCAAGGGAACGCAACCACUAUGUCACUGAUACUGCGUCUACUUGAUGCACUGGCCUCUGGCACGUGUAGGGUUUAGAGAUACAGGUAACAAAUGCCCAUAUUAGGCAGAAGGUUAUAUGUUUGAAGUACAGGUAGAGAUAGGCCAUUUAAGCAUAAUGCUGUUAAAAAUUACAGUAAAAUACAGAUCAUAUUGUACUAUGUUAGUUUAAAAUGCAGGUUGGUAUGAGUCAUGACCAUAUUAGAAGUAUUUUAGCCAAAGUUAGAUAUGGUCCAUUUUAAUAUUUGCAUAUUUGUGUGUAAAUAUGUGUUAUACGGUAGUCCAUUACUGUUACUGUUUUGUUUUUUGAAGUUUCAGAAUUCGUUUAUGAUUUAAAACGUGCCAUAGGCUCAUUUAAAGUGUAUAAGUGCAGGCAAGGGCGAAGAUUUUUUUUUAUUUUUUUUAUGCAUAAAUGACUAAACUGAAUGUUUUAUAGACUGCGUUUUUAGUUAUUUCGUUUUUCAGUGUUGAUGCGUUCUCACACAGCACUUGUUGGAAGGAGUUUCCGUAACUAUUUCUUUUGUUAGUCAAAUGUUUCUCAAACAUUUCCCACAAACACUCAGAGCCCUCAAGGUUUCAUAGCUGCUUUAUUUAUUGACAUAUUUAUUUUUUUGACUGAGAUCAAAUAGACAGACAGGAGUGGCUGACCUGCAUUUGGGGUUCAUCCUGUCCUGCUCGAUGGCGCCCCACUGAUUAAAGACUAUGUUCAGUCAGUGCACAUACUGUCAAAGAAGUUCAUAGUUACAGUAUAUAUGCCAUUUCUGCACAUUAUUCAGUCAAGGUGGUCAUCAUAAGGUCACUUUUGUAAUUAUGCUUAACUCAACAUUUGUGGACUAUUGAAAAGCGUUUUUCUCUCUGCCUGAUUCACACUGUACUUUUCACAUUGUCCAGUAUAGCUCUGCCCGGGUUUGGCUCAGUAGUGUGAAAAGGGUAAUAAUGUAUUGAUAAAAAGUUGGACUCCUUUAUACAUGUCAACAAAGACAUGAAUAUACAGGUACGCAAAGCACGUUGUUUCUCAUUGUUUGGCUCUGUCAAGAAGAUGAAGGAAAGCUUUUCUGGAUAUUUAAGUCCAAGUUAUUUUUUAUUUUCUGAAAAGUCCAAGUGUAUUUCCUGUAGCAUCCUUUGUACAUACAUUACCAAGAGUGGAUUUAUGUGCUUCACAUUAUAUAUAUAUAGAGAGUUUUAUUAACAAAAAAAAAAAGCCUUAAAGCUGAAGGAAUACUAGUAUAUGAUAUCAUACUAUAUAUCAUACUAAGUAUGAGCACAUUAAACUUGGUUUAGCCCCUUUUUCCCUCUAGUCUAGUGGCUACACUUAUGUAAAAGAGCGAAGAAUCCUUUUUUUUUGUUUUUUAAGCUGACAGAUUUGAAGCUACAGUGCUGGCACUGCCAUCUAUUGACGGACAAUGAAAAAACAGCCUGCAUCAAUUUCUAAUUCUUCUUAAUGCUUUUCUACCACCAUUUUUUAACACACCUCUUCCAUUAUAAUAUUACCUUUGAGACGGCUUUUGGCUCUUUUUUUCAUGAACUUUUAGGAGUUAGGAUUAUACAUUGGCGUUCAUAUCAUGUUUGCGCUGUGGCGGUCUCACACCUCACUUCUGUUUAUUUAGUUGCAUAGCUCAAAAAACAUUUUCUCCCUUCGACAAUUGUUUGCUAGUGUCUGGAUUUCAGAUAAGAAUGUGUCAAAGCCAUUGUGUUUGUUUAAUGUCCGUUUGAAAUAAACAUUUUGUACAAAUAUCCCA